AUGGUUCGUGAAGUCGAGAGUCAUUUUGCGAGGUGGGGACAGUCCGGCACCGUUGAUCUGAAGCAGGAGCUAGAGCACCUGGUGACGCUCAUCGCCAGCCGGUGCCUGUUCGGCGCCGCCGUCCGGGAGAAGAUGUUCAGCGAGGUCGGGUCGCUGCUCCGCGAGCUCAACGACGGCGUGCGCCUCGUCACGAUCCUGUUCCCUCACCUGCCGAUCCCCGCGCACCGCCGCUGCGACGCCGCGCGCGCCAGGCUAGGCGAGAUAUUCACCGAGAUCGUCAGGUCCCGCAAGAGCCGCACCGAGGACGGCGGCCGGGCCGACGACAUGCUGCAGUGCCUGCUCGACGCCCGGUACAAGGACGGCCGCGGGACGACGGAGACGGAGGUCGUCGGGAUGCUCGUCUCCGCGCUCUUCGCGGGGCAGCACAACAGCUCCAGCGCGGGCACCUGGACCGGGGCGCGCCUCCUCACCCACACCAAGCACCUUCGCGCCGCCGUCCAGGAGCAGCGGCGGGUCGUGGCGCGGCACGGGGACCGCGUCGACUACGACGUGCUGCAGGAAAUAGACACCCUGCACCGCUGCGUCAAGGAAACCCUGCGCCUCCACCCUCCCGCGCUGAUGCUGCUCCGCCACGCGCGGCAGAGCUUCGCCGUGCGGACCAGGGACGGCCGCGAGUAUGAGGUGCCCGAGGGCCACGCGGUCGCCAGCCCGCUGGUGCUCCACAACAGGCUGCCGCACAUCUACGACGAGCCGGACAAGUACGACCCGGAUCGGUUCACGCCCCGGAGAGCGGAGGACAAGGCCAGCGGCGCGCUAGCCUACUUGUCCUUCGGCGCCGGAAGGCACCUCUGCGUCGGCGAGGCGUUCGCGUACAUGCAGCUUAAGUUGAUAUGGAGCCAUCUGCUGAGGAACUUCGAGAUGGAGCUGGUGUCCCCGUUCCCCAGGACGGACUGGAACGUCGUCAUGCCAGGGCCGCAGGGGAAGGUGAUCAUCAGCUACAAGAGAAGGCACCUGCCUACGACAGACUGA